AUGGUAUCCCUUUCGCGGGCCUUGCUUAUUCACUGGCAUCCCUAUCGCAGGCAUUACUUUGUACAUGGCAUCCCUUUUGCAUUCCCUGCGAAUGCAAUGACAUCCCUUUCGCAGUCCUUGCUUCAUCAAAAGCAUUCUUUUCGCUGGCCCUACCUUAGACAAAACAUCAUUUUCGCAGUACCCGCUUCAUCAAAAGCAUUCCUUUUGUCAGCCUCGCUUUAUAAAAGUGUACCUUUCGCAUGCCCUUCUUAUUCACUGCUACCCCUUUUUGCUGGCCAUGAUUAUAAAAAACAUUUCUUUCGCAGGGCUUGCUUUAUACAAAGCACCCAUUCGCAUGUCCUCUUCUGCUUAUUCAAUGGCACCCUUUUCACCGGCCAUACGGAUUCAAAAGUAUUCCUUCCGCCGGACUUGCUUUGUACAAAACAUCUCUUUCGCAGUCCAUGCUUAUUCAAUGAUAUCCCUUUUGCAGCCCUACUUUAUACAAAGCACCCCUUUCGUAUGUCCUGCUUAUUCACUGGCAUCUCUUUCGCAGGCCUGCCUUGCUUAUUCACAGCCAUCCCUUUCUCUUACUUUUACAAAGCAUCUCUUUCACAUUCCCUGACCAUUCAAAAGAAUUCCCUCCACUGGUCUUGCUUUGUACAAGACAUUCCUUUCGCAGUCCCAGCUUUGCCAUCCAUUUUGCAGGCCUUUCUUUGUAGAAAGCAUUCCUUUCGCAUGCCCUACUUAUUCAUUGGCACCCCAUUCAUACAUCACUUUCGCAUGCCGUGCUUAUUCAAUGGCUCCUCUAUCGCAGGCCUUGCUUCUUCUUUAAAAGCAUUCCUUUCGCCGGCCGCGCUUUAUACAAAACACCCGUUUCCCAUGCCCUGCUUAUUCAAAGGCAUCUCCUUCGGAGGCUCUGCUUUAUAUAAAAUCACCCGUUUCGCAAGCACUACUUAUUCAAUGGCAUCCCUUUCGCCGGUCAUGAGCCCUGCUUAUACGCUGGCAUCCCUGUUGAAGGACAUGAUUUUUGAAAUGCAUCCUUUGUGGAGACAAUACUUAUUCAAAAGCAUUCCUUUCGCAGGCCUUGCUUUGGAGAAAACAUUCUUCUCGCAUGCCCUUCUUAUUCACUGUCACCUUUUUUCCGUUCAAGCAUUUCUUUCGCAGGCCAAUACAAAGCACCCUAUCACAUACCCUACUUAUUUACUGGUCUCCUUUUGCAGUCCUUGCUUAUUGAAAAGCAUUCCUUUCGCAGACUUUGCUUUGUAUAAAGCAUUCAUUGCACCGACCCUGCUUAUUCAAAAGAAUUCCUUUUGGAGGCCUUACUUUAUACAAAGAAUCCCUUUUGUAUGUCCUGCUUAUUCACUGGCAUCCCUUUCGCAGGCCUAUCUUAUUAAAAAGCAUUUCUCCCGCAUUGCUUAA